AUGGCUGACAUCACCAACCAGGACAUCGAGAACGUGGUCGACCAAGGGCCUGGUCUAGCAUUCAUUGCUUACCCAGAAAGCAUCGCGAAGCUUCCAGUGUCAUCGUUGUGGGCCUUCCUGUUCUUCUUUAUGCUGUUUUCACUCGGAAUGGACACUCAGUUCACAGCUAUGCAAACAAUAGUGGGCGGCAUCAGUGACGUCUUCCCACGUUUCCUGAGACCCCACAAAACUGCCUUCACAGCCCUCUGUUGUCUCCUUGGCUUCCUCCUCGGUUUGCCUUUCGUCACAAAGGGUGGUAUCUAUGUGUUGACACUGACGGACUGGUACUGUGGCAGCUAUAGCGUGAUGCUAGUGUGUCUGGCGGAGAUCAUCUGCAUCAUGUAUGUCUAUGGUGUGAAGCGGUUCAUGGAGGAUAUUAAGAUGAUGCUUGGUCGCCGUCCCAAUCCAUAUUGGGUCAUCAACUGGGUCUUCCUGACUCCUGCCGCCCUUUUGUUUCUCUUGAUAGUGUCUGCCUCUCAGUACACCCCAGCCUUCUACGGAGACUACAAGUUCCCCCUGUGGGCGGAGGGCAUUGGUUGGUGCAUGGUUGUCGCCCCUGUUAUUACAGUCAUCCUCAUCUUUGUGGUACAGAUCUUCAGGCUCGGACCUAGGAAGGCCUUUGUCCCAACACCCAGCUGGGGACCUGCCGGACAGGAAAACCGGACAGGAAGAUACUGGGCCAGUGCCGAGGUUCCUGACGGACACGCUUUGGACAGCAUCAGUGCCAACACCGAGGACAAACCACCCGCCAAGUGCGGUUCUGACAACCAUGGAUUCUAUAGCAGCAAAAUGUAA